UCGUUCGUGGGUAACGUUUAUAUGUUUUCAGUAUAAUAUGAAAAAAUGUUACUAUUUGAACAACACACAUGCGCAGUAUAUUUUCUGCUUAUUUUUUACGUCUGGUAAUAACGAGACGACUCAGACGUAUUUUAAAAUUGUUGGGCUAGCAGUAAAAAAUGAAUUUGAAGUAUCCGAUUUCAAUGUUUUUAAUAUUUAUUAACUACUGGAUAGCGAAUUCCGACGAAACUCACGAAAAAAGGAAAACCAAAGAAUUGUGGAAGAUUUUAGAACAAAAAGAAGUGAGUGAAACAGAAGAAAAACGCCUAGGUUACACUUCCGCGGCCGAUCUGAUAAUAGAGUAUCCCAAACAAGCGGAUAAGAUUGCUGAAUGGAUAACGAAAAAUCCUGGAAGCGAUGAAGGCCCCAGACCCGAUAAGAAGAAGAGGAAGAAAUCCCCAGCAGCUAAAAUAUGCCCACGGUUUCAUAAUGAACCGACCAUAUUGAAAAAGCCAAGAUUUGAAGCUAUAAUGCAAAGCGAUACAUUAAUCCCUGCAGAGGAUCUCGAACAGGCUAAAGAAGUAGAAAAAUUAUGGAAGAUUAUAGAGCUAAAAGACAUAGUUGGAUCAAAAGAAGUAGGCCUCACUACCAGAACCCAUGUACUAAGUGUGUUACCUGACCAUACAGAGAAGAUCUUCGAAUGGAUAGAGAAAAAUCCAGGAAGUAUCAAAGUCAAUUAUUCGGAGAAGCUUCUAUGUAGACCAACAGUUUUUGGUCAAAACCGCAUGCAAUCCCAUUUUGUAAAGGAAAUUCUACUAUAAUUUAAAAGUAUUGUUUAAAAUGAACUGUACUUAUCCAAAAUAUGAACUAUUCAAAAUAACAAAGCCGGAAUUUAAAGAGUUAAUACAUUGCCUUACAUUAUAUCCUGAAAACGAGUCAGAACGGGCAUUAACUCUUAAAAAGCUACAGAAACUAAAUAAACGUUUAGAAGAUGAACCACAAACGUUUUUAGAUUAAACUUUCAUCAUGACAUCAGUUAAAAACUACUGCAUCGUCAAUAGCUUUAAAAAAACCACUUAAAUCGUUUUCAAAUUCAUAAAAGUAUUUUACAAAUUUCAAUAAUAAUUAAUUUAAAUUUGUUUGAAAGGUCUGUAACACAUCAUUAAU